GGCUCCCCGGGGCAGAGAGAGAGAGAGAGAGCGGGACAGCGGGCGGCGAAUCCGGGGCCGCGGUGUGUUUAUAAACGCGAGAACAGAGCGGCGGACAUGGCGACCAGCAGCCCCUGCGUCGUGAUCAGUGAUGAGGAGCAGGGUUAUGACCUGGACCUCUUCUGCAUACCAAAGCACUAUGCCUCUGACCUGGAGCGUGUCUAUAUUCCACACGGACUCAUCUUGGACAGGACCGAGCGGCUGGCCAGGGAGAUCUUGAAGGAUAUGGGGGGUCACCACAUUGUGGCCCUUUGUGUACUCAAAGGGGGCUACAAGUUCUUUGCGGACCUGCUGGACUACAUCAAAGCCCUUAACCGAAAUAGUGACCGCUCCAUUCCAAUGACUGUGGACUUCAUCCGGCUCAAGAGCUACCAAAAUGACCAGUCUACAGGUGAGAUUAAGGUGAUUGGUGGGGAUGAUCUUUCCACGCUCACAGGGAAGAAUGUCUUGAUUGUGGAGGACAUUAUCGAUACUGGGAAAACAAUGAAGACGUUGUUAGAACUCCUGAAGCAGUACAAUCCAAAAAUGGUCAAGGUGGCCAGUUUACUUGUGAAAAGGACACCAAGGAGUGUUGGCUACAGGCCAGACUUUGUAGGAUUUGAAGUUCCUGACAAAUUUGUGGUGGGGUAUGCGCUAGAUUACAACGAGUACUUCAGAGAUUUAAAUCAUAUCUGCGUCAUCAGCGAAACAGGAAAAGAGAAGUACAAAGCAUGAGGUGAUCCGCGCCUCCCCCUUUUAGCUGUUCCAUUUUUAUUGAAGUCCAUUUUUUAUUACAGCUGGUUUGCAGUUUUCACGAGUGCAGCUCACCACAGACAACAGGUCCUCCUCUCAGGGUCUCCGGUGAGGGGCAGGGAGGGUGGGCUUAUGGAACACCCGACAUCUGCUCAUCCUCCCUUUAGCCCUCAUCGGCUGACGCAACUUUAGCUACAACAAGCGUUUGUCAACCGAAUCAUAAGUGGCGAAUGAGCUUUUUGCUUUACGUGUGUGUUUUUAAAUUAAAUCGAACUCUGAUAGCAAAUAUUAGGGUGAUGACUGACUGAAAUAUUUAAUUUAUUAUGCUGAUGUUUUUUGAGGUUAUUGCCAGAAAUUGUAAAAAAUGAAUUCAGGAAGAUUAAGAUUAAGCUUCUAGCCAAACAGUUUAGUGUUUGAUUCUGCUUUAUAGGAUCAAUAUCAUGGAUUUGUGUUAAAGAUUUAGAGCAGGGGUUCUCAACUGGUCAUUUUCUCAUGGUCAUUAAGUCACGGCCCACUUUUAUAAAAUACAAAUCAAACAAAUUUAUUUAAACAAAUUUAUUUAAAAAACUAUUUAAACAUAUAUAUUCAUGCAAAGUGAAUUUAAGAGCAUUAUUUCUAAGAAACUGAGGAGGAACAUAACGUGUAUAAAAGUUACUACAAUAAAAUUAAAUAUCAAAACUGCACAAAAUAAGGAGGCCAAAAAAAUUGAUAUUUCACUUCUCUGCAUAUCUCUGCAUUCAGAGUACAUUAGAAAAAAAACUCUUCGUCUCUUUUUUCCCCCUAAUAUAAAAUUAUUUAUUUAAAAAAAUAAAAUAAAUGUGUUUAUGUUUUACAAGCUGUCCGUGACACGCCCAGAAAGUGUCCACGACCCACUUUUUGGGUCCCGACCACCAGUUGAGAAUCGCUGAUUUAGAGUACCACCUGUUGUGGUAACUAAAAUAUUUUGGUUUGGAUGACACAUUGUCCCAAGAAUAAUUGCGAUAAAUUAAUGACCUUUUAAGAUUUUAAUGCAACAGAUAUAAAUUAUAACAUAAUAGCAUACUUUUGUAAAAAUAUGCUAUAAAUAGAAGCUGAAAGGAGUCAUAAUGAUGCAGAGAAGCUUACCAUAAUUGUUUAAUUCUUUCUAUUUAUAAAUAUAAUAAUGAUGAACGAUUAGCUUUACCCCAUUCUUGUUUAAACUGUAAAAUCAAUCAUUUAACCUUAGUUAAGUAGCAAUACCACUGCAUAAUCAUAUACGACAAUUACAUUUGAAAUGGGGGAGGGAGGGGAUGUAAUGGUGCCUUUUAUGCUGAGUCAUAUGGCCACAAUCAUAACAAUCAUAAACCCCAUACACUUGCUACCUACCUAAACAAACUGUUCUACACGAUGUAUGUUUUAGUGAUGCCAAUUAUAAGUUUGUAAAUUAGCCUUAAUGGGUUAAUAAGCUAGACACUGAGUGUAUAUCUAGGUAAUUGAUUAUUUUGAAUAGUUCUGAGAAGCUGGGAUGAACUCUGAUCCUGUAGGACCCUCCAAUACAUCACAUUACUCAGGCUGAUGGUUAAUUAAUGAGUAGAAUUAGGGGUGUUUUAAGCAAGCAAAUCAAGAAACUGCUGGAUUAGCAUCCCAAUUCUGAUGCAUGAUUGUCGAGCUUUUUGAUGAUAUUUGGUCGUGUGGACCACCGUGUUGGAGAGAUGUGGAGAUAUCACUAAUACACAUUGCUUUGAAUGUAUUUUGAGUGUAAUCACACGAGGUUCAAUGUCUUUAAAUCGGAUUUAAUUUGUGUUCUACAGAGCAUGUGUCUGUCUGUUAAUCUUAAAGAGAACGCUGUAAGCAGGGCAGCCACUGAUGUACAGCUGUGUAGUACUGAUGACUUUGGGUUAUGUAGUGCACAGAUGGUGUUGAAGGUGGAAAUGAAUGCAGUCAACCCUGAGGUUUCUCCUGUGAGAUCUCUUGAGAAACAUGAACGCGUUGUGUCCAUCAAUAAUAGUGUUCUAGUACGUCCUGAAUAAAACACAAUUGUAAAAGUUA